AUGGGGAUCAAAAAGCUGAACGACGAUGGCAGUUCGUCCUCGCACUCACUGCCGCGAGUAGAGACCCCGCUCUUGUUUGGCCACGGCAGCGGCGGCAAGCCCAUCGUCCUCUCCUCUCAACCGAAAACAUUCGCCAAUGUCUUCAUCGCCAUCGUCGGCGCCGGCAUGCUCAGACUCGCGUACACAUUCAUGCACAUCGGCUGGCUCACCAACCUCGUCAUGGUCUUCGUCGUCUCCAUCCUCACCUACCACGACAUGAUGUUUCUCGUCCACACCCGCAGGAGGAUCGAGGAAUCCACCCGCUGCUCCUCCUCUACCAAAAUCGCAUCCUUCGGCGAUUUAGGGUUCAUCAUGUGCGGAUGCAUCGGCAGAUCCACCGUCGAUCUGAUGAUCAUCCUCUCCCAAGCUGGAUUCUACGUCGGUUACCUAAUAUUCAUUGGCGACACCCUCGCCAAUUUGUUCACCUCUUCCCCGGCGCUCGCCGCAGCCUCUAUGAUUUGGAGUAUUUCAGCUAAGAGCUUAUACAUUUGGAGAUGCUUCCCCUUCGAAUUGGCAUUGAAUUCGAUCCCCUCGCCGAGACUAUCCGCAGUGUCGUUUUCAGGAUCUUCUCUAAAUUGA